GCUUGUGCAAAAUACAUCCAGUGACGGUGAUCGUCUUCUUUUUCUUUCACAAACACAAACACCUUCACCUCUAUCCUUAAUUUCUCCUCUUCCAAGAAUCUUAAUUUCCCUCCUUUACCAAACAAGUCUGCCUGAUUAAUCCUUUCCAUCAUCUACCCUUUUUUUCUUAUAUAUGUAUAUAUUUUAGUAAACGUUACUUUUUCAUCUCGAAAGGCAGGCUUAGGUUUCAGAGAAGAAAAUGAAUAGCACCACAGUGGACAACUCUAGUAGUCGUCGUUCAAAUAGCAUCAAUUUCAGUAAGGGUGCUAUUGAUGAUGUAGCCUACAGCAUCGGAUUUUCACUUCUACUCCUUGUUGUAUUAGUGAUCAUAUCCUACAUCUCCUACAAAUGCAACCGGCUGUCUUCUUAUUCCAGCACCGCCAACUUCUCCUUCUACCGAACCCAUGAUGAUGAUUCAAUCACCGCGCAGCAGCUAGGCGGCCUGGAUAAGGCGACCCUUGUGAAUUACCCAAAAUUGUUAUAUUCUCAGGCUAAGCCUCACAAAGGAGAUGAUCCCGCUGCUUCAGCCUGCUCAAUCUGUUUGUCUGAUUAUAAAGAAACUGACAUGCUCAGGCUGUUGCCCGACUGCGGCCACAUCUUCCACCUCAAGUGUAUUGAUCCUUGGUUAAUGCUUCAUCCCACUUGCCCAAUCUGUCGCAGCUCGCCGCUGCCAACUCCUCUUGCAGAGGUUGUUCCCAUGUCUAUGCAUCAAAAUUGAAAAUUUUUUUUUUUAAUUACUAUUCUUUUGACAUCUCCUUCCCUUCUUUCUUCUGUACAUACGACAGAAUUAAGGGAAAUACUCCUUUAGGACCCAAUUUUGGGUUUGCUCACAAGUCUCAGCUCAGAUUCUGCGGCGUAAUUGUGUACGAUUACUACAAGAAAUAAAUUGAGUAUAGUAAUCUC